AUGAGCAAGGUCAAUCGCCCUCUAGUCACUUUAACAGUUGACUGCAGCUCAAAAGCAAUGCUGGGGCCAGCCGGUAGCUUCAAGACAUGCCACCCAGCGUCAUAUGAUCUAACUGAAGCUCUGCCAGCAGAGGAAAAUAUUCUACAGGUAGAGGCUAUAGUAGCAAAACGUUGCUUUUACAGAGAAACAGUACAGGGAGCCGAAAAGAGUGGUACACCAUCAAGUCCUUCAGGCGGGCGCAAACGACUGGCCAUCAAGGAUGAGCUAAUGAAGAUGCUCGACGAGGCUAACUGCCUUUACUGGGCAACAAGCCUGUUGGCUUUAGUUUAUAACUUCGUCGACGACAAGCUUAUUCGAAGGCCCCUUGACUGUCCUCCCCCGGCAAUCCCCCGACUUCGAGUCGUCCACGCCGCUUUGGCCAUCCCCCAAGACAGCAGAGAGUUGCGUAAUGCCGUUUAUCUUCUCGAGGAGAAGAUAAACGGUAACUUCGUGAAGUAUAUCAAUAACAAUAGUGCAGCUCCUCGGCACAAACUUGCUCCGCCUGAACUGGAGAUUGCAACCUUCCUAUGCUUCGCACAACACACUCAAUAUCAUUUCUCGCAAGGCCUUGUGUUCAUCUCAGAUUUUCAAGGGUCCGGUGGAAUAUUGACUGACUGCCAGGUUAUCACUACCAAAGACUUUGCCGAUAAUUUUGGCGAAGGAAACUGGACGGCGACGUUAGACAACUUCCCCUUGUUGCACAAAUGCAACCAGUAUUGUGUAUAUUUCGGACUCCCUUCCUUGCAGACAGCAAGUUCGGCUACAAAGAUGAGAACAUCACAAGAGAUUGACAUCAUGUCCAGUCGUGUUCGUGGCUGAGAGGGAUUUUUUUUUACAUGACAUGUACUUACUGUAUCGCUUGAAAUCCUAUGUUGACAUGUUGAAUUGC